UAAAAAUGAAGUUUGAAGGGAAAAUACUCUGAAUACUCGCUCUUACACUUGCCUUGGUUACUGCAACCUCUGCCAAUACUCAGAAGAUUGAUGAGGAGCUGAAGAACAAAAAUUCAAAAUUUGUCCUUCUUUUCUUCAGAGAAGACUGUUACAAUGAAUUUUGGAAGCUCAAUAUUUUCCAUGAAGACUGCAUCUCUAUAACUAUUAGCAAAGGACUUGGAUAUGGGAUUAUCUUUGGAGCAGCUCUAGUGAAAGCACCCCAAGUAUUAAAUAUCGUUUUGGCUAAAUCGGGCAAAGGAAUUCUGGCAUCUAUGUUUUAUAUGGAAUGUUUCAUGCACAUCAUCAGUGGGUGAUAUAAUAUCCAUCUAGCCUCUCCAUUCAGUGUUUACGGAGAAAAUUUCUGCCUGUUAGUUCAGAACAUUCUACUCAUUGCUCUACUUUGGGUAUAUGAGAGACGCGCUACAUCUGACACAUCUAAGAUAAUUAUCUCCUUUGUAAUAGUAAGCAGCUUGUUAAUACUAUGGCUCGAUAUUUUUGUGCCAGAAUACAUUUGGAAAUUACUUAUGAACGUUCAAAUAUUCAUGGUUGCAUAUUCUAGGCUCCCCCAGAUCCUGGAGAAUCAUAGGACGAAGUUCACUGGUGAGCUGUCGAGUGUGAUGUUCCUCCUCAAUACUCUUGGGAACCUUGCUAGAACAUUUACAUUUAUUAAAGAAACACAGGAUCUCUUAAACAUAUUCACAAGCGGGUUAUCGGCUAUCCUAAACUUCUCAAUAUUCAUCCAGAUUGUACUUUAUUGGAAGAAUGGCACUCCCAACAAAGAGUCAAAUGAACUAAGAGCUUUCAAGCAUGAGAUCCUUCCCAAAGACGUUGAAACAGACGCAUAAGAGUUAAACCUUCUCAAAACUUUUUAAUACCUAUUAUCC